AUGGACGAUGCCGUUCUGCAAGCAAACGUGAAGAGACGCAUCUUGGCGAAAGCCCGAACGUGCACUGAAGCAUUUGAAGACGUGGCGAAGGCAGACAGAACAGACUUCACGUACAGUGCCCAUGGACACGUAUGUCAGCCAAGGAAAGAACUGGUCAGGUACACGGCCAGCCCUCAGGCUACCCAGAAAGCACCCGCGAAGCCAGCACAAGCCGGAGCUCCGUCCGGAGCCGCGUGGGCCCAGCGGGGGGAGUCCGGGUUCUGCAGGGAGCUGCCGGCCGGGAGCGGGACACGCGGCUGUGACAGGGCGCUGAGCGGACAGUCGCGCCCCGGCGCAGAGCGCAGGCGGCCGGGUCACCAUGAGCUGCUUGGGCUGCUGCGGCAGGCCCGGCCCCAGGGGCGCCGGCGGAGCCCCGUCCCCGCGUGGGGCUACGGCCCCGAGGACGGCCCGGAGCGCUGGCAUGAGCGCUUCCCCCUGGCCCGCGGGCGGCGCCAGUCCCCCGUGGACAUCCGGGCCCAGGACACCCGCUACGACGCCGCCCUGCGGCCGCUGCAGUUCGGCUACGAGGCGGCGGCGGCGCAGAGCAUCGCCAACAACGGGCACACGGUGCAGGUGCAGUUCGGGGAGGGCGCGGCGCUGGCCGGGGGGCCCCUGGCGGGUCCCUACCGCCUGGCCCAGCUCCACCUGCACUGGGGCUCGGGGCCGGAGCAGGGCUCGGAGCACACGCUGGAGGGGCGCCGCUUCCCGGCCGAGCUGCACCUGGUGCACUGGCGGGCCCGCUACCCGCGGCUGAGCGAGGCGCUGAGCCGCCCCGACGGGCUGGCCGUGGUGGCCGUGCUGCUGCGCCUGGGCCCGCCCUGCCCGGCCCUGCAGCCGCUGCUGGGGGCGCUGGGCUCCGUGCGCACCCGGGGCACCCAGGCGCCCUGCCCCGCCCUCCAGCCGCGGGAGCUGCUGCCCGCCUGCGCCGACUUCUGGACGUACCCGGGCUCGCUGACCACCCCGCCGCUGCUGGAGAGCGUCACCUGGCUGGUGCUGCGGGAGCCCGUGGCCAUCGGCGCCGAGCAGCUGGGCGCCCUGCGCGGCCUCCUGAGCAGCGCGGCCGGCGAGCCGCCCUGCCCGCUGCAGGACAACUGGCGGCCGUGCCAGCCGCUGCACGGCCGGGAGCUGCGGGCCAGCUUCCGCUGAGCGCCCCGGCCCGAGCUGCUCAAUAAA